CCGCUCCCCCAUACAAACCUCCAAACAAAAUGUGCGAUUGACCAUUGCCUGCAGCGUCGACAUCGUCAUUGAGUUUUCUUACUCGCGCAUGCACGGCACUGUUACUCGCGACACGUUCCGCGGUGCGCUCCCGACCCCAUAUCCGUUACCUUUAUUAUUAGCCCGGCCUGGCCGUGUUGGCAUCCGCCAGGUUUGGAGUGCUAGUCGCCGCCACCACCACCACCACCACCAUUUAUCCUUGUGUGUACUUGGGAUACCCAGCAGAGCUAUCAGUCUGCACGCCUCGCCCGCCAUACCAUCACAACACGGGCGCUGAUGGACCCAACCCACGACCCUCUUGCCCUCACGAAGGCGAAAAAGCGGCCUCGCUCUCAAGGCUCAACAGCUUCCAUCCACAGCGCCGCUACACAACCAAAUCUCGAUCACGCGUUUACUGACGUGCCCGAAGUUUACCAAUCUCAAUGGAUUCCAAACGACCACGGCCGAACCCGAGAACUUGGCCACCCGACCGCCCAGAUGCUACAGGACAACAUGGUGCUGGCCUCCCAGUUGCACACUAGCCGCGAGUUCGCCAUGGAUUCACAGGUCAACGCUUCGAUGCAGAACGUUCAAUACCACGACAGCCACAGUAUGAGCCGCCAGUCUUUGUCCGCCGACUCCUUUGGCGGAAACACCAGUUUUGUGGAGGACAGUCAGAUGGUGGACCAUGACGGCAACAACGACCACGGUUCCUACAUCGGAAUGACAUCGCAAUCCAAGGGGGGGUCACGCUCAAGUGCGAACAACGAAGUGGAAAUGCGUCAGCUAUAUGUCGCCAAUAAACACAGGAAUCUUCAGGAGGUUGCAGAGGAGCUGCAUGGCAACGAACGCGGUCCCCAUUCAGAACGAACCCGCCAGGUUUUCGCAAUGCUUUGGAUCAGCCAAGUCUGCUCAAAGGGCAAGGGAUCGGUACCCAGAGGGAGGGUUUACGCCAACUACGCCUCCAGGUGUGCCACCGAGAGGAUAACAGUCUUGAACCCUGCCAGUUUUGGAAAGCUUGUCCGGGUUCUUUUUCCAGGACUGAAAACUCGUCGCCUUGGUGUUCGAGGAGAGUCAAAAUAUCAUUAUGUCAACUUUCAGCUUCGCGAAGACCAGCCUGAUGUGCGAGAUGUCUCGACUCAACCUCAGGUUUCCCCAGCGGAGGAGCAGUCAUUCUCCCAAACUUUCAACACGGCACCGGACAAUACAAGAGCCACCGAACGCCCUGUACUUCCCACGCCUGACCUGGGCCAGCAACCGGAGACCCGGGUGAGGCGGCCACCAGAAUAUGUUCACAGCCUGUACAACCAAGUCCAGGUAGCCAACAUCGACCAGCUGAGCACGACGGCAACCAAGACAGUACAGAAGCUUUGUUUUGCCGCCGAAACCGAAGAGUCGUUCCAGCAGUCUGACCCGCUCGUCCUACCAGGGAUCGAGCCGUUUCUACCCAAAAAUACCGAUCCGGACGCUGCCAAGUCGCUGGCUGCGCUCUACCGGUCACACUGUACGUCUUUGGUAGAAUGCAUCCGGUAUUGUAAAGAAAAGACUUUCUUCCACCUUUACACCUCAUUCCAGGGUACUCUCACAAUGCCGGUCCAGAAGCUCUUCAGCAACCCGGCUGUCGCACCUUGGAUAGAGGAGUGCGAUUUUGUUCUCUACCAGCGCAUGAUGCGCAUUGUCUCGAGCUUGGUCCUACAAGUGGUUCCCAAGACAGUGCUCGAUACGUUGAGAAAUAUAGCAGAUAAGCUCGUCCCACACAUUCGCGAUUCCUUUCAAGGACAGCCUCCUCACGUUCUCAAGGCCAAAGAAGCACCAGCAACUCUAUUCGCAGGCUUACUGGAUAGAGUGCUCCGUGUCAACCUUACCGCUCAUGCUGCCGCCAACAUGCUGUCGAACCCAGCAAACCGCGACCUCAUGUACAUGGAAUGGAUCAACAUAAUCAACCUAAGAAAGGUUGCCGAAAGUGUUCCAUUGAGGGGCAUGGAUGAUGUAGUGAAUCUCCUUCUCAAAGAGAUGCGUGACCUCUUAGACCCGGUCAAUAUUCCAUGGGAAAUCGAAGGCCUGACGCUACACGGAGAGAUGGCGAUGCGCAAUGGUCGGCAACCCCAGGUAGGAACCCCUGAGGAAUCCACUGCCUCGAACGUUUUGGAUCGGUGGGUGAGCUUUCUUCGCUCCCUACCUUCGCACUUCCCCUACGCAUCACAUACCGAUAUUGUCUGGUGUGUUCAGCGAUUGGGCACAGCCGUAAUGAGGGAUAUUACCCUAGGCCAAGGCAAGAGUUUUGGCUCUUGGUGGGUCACCAAGUGUUUUAUCGAUGAGAUGAUUCUCUUUGUGGCAGAAUAUGGUGGAUUUCUCAAGCAAAAGUCGACACACGAGUAUACUUCCCUUGUCUCACAGCAACAGGGCGCAAGCAACGAGGCAAGCAACGAGGCAUCCAGAUAUAGAAGUGGAAGCGAUGAUUCCAGCGCAUCUCGAAUGUCCGAGUCGCAGCCAGACCGGGCUCGAUUUCCGAUGCCUGCAUCGACAGCGACCCAACCGUCUGUCCACGACGACAGCGGUAUAGGUAUUCGGACACCCGAUGAAGAUUCUCCGAUUCAAAAGUUUGGCUUCCAAACAACUACUGCGAACUCGCAGGAUAUUUUCGCCGGCACGGAACUGCAGGAUGAGGACCAUUUGCCAGAUAUUUAAGUGCUCGGCUGGCAGCACAGCGGGAUAGGCUUUUGGGUUCAUUCUCGAUUUUUUUUUCUUAUUAGGAAGGGGGGGUUUAGCUGGCGGUUAUACCUUGAUGAAUCUCUCUUUCUUCUACUAUUUACAUGACGAUAUGAAGCAAUGAGGACAGAGGCUAGGAGGUGCUGGGUUGUGCGGAUAAGGCGUCAUUCGCCACAUGUUCUUAUCGUCGGACAUCUGGGUCUGCUUUUCUGGGUCGGGGAGUCAUGGCUAUACCUGGGAAAGAGGGAGUGUUUUGUUUGGGACUGGGUGUUCCAAUGUUCAUGUUCAUUGUUACAAUGUAGGGAUACAGGGAACACCAAAGCGUCGGUUUCAUCAGCAAAGGAUCCAAAAAGAGGAGGCGUUAUGCAAGCAUUUACGUGUGGAGGUGGCGGGACGGUGUCUAUCCAUUGCGAUACUCGAAAUGAGCAUUGAUUUUUUUUUCUUUCAGUUCGCACAAAAUUGUUUGGUCCGUAUCUUGUGUUUUUUGGUUGUUUUUAGAUGCGUUGGAAUGAAGUCAAUUCCUUUGAUUCUCGGAGUUUCAAGGCACC